AUGGUCAAUUUUAGCCCUGAUUUCGUUUCGUGUACUGCGAAUGAUUCGCCGUCUGGAAUCCCGGAUUUCUAUCCCCAGAACUCGACGUUGAAGCAGGUGGUGAGACAUAUUAUGCAUAUCGGCGAGGAGAUUGGGUAUGAUUACGUGGGGUUGGGCAGUGAUUUUGAUGGUAUUCCUAGUACCCCCGAAGGACUGGAGGAUGUGAGUAAGUUCCCGGAUUUGGUGGCUGAGCUUUUGAAGCAGGGCGUUAGUGAUGGGGAUGCGGGGAAGAUUGUGGGUGGGAAUCUAUUAAGGGUUUGGGGGGCGGUAGACCAGGUUGCGGAGGAGUUGCAGAAGAAAGGGGAGAAGCCGUUGGAGGAUAAAUUACCAAAUUUGUUGCCGGAGGGGAUUGGUGCUUGGAGGGAGUUGUGA